AAAAAAACCUCUCAAAUCCCCGCCGUAGAUGAUUCUCCGGCGAUUACACCGGCAACUUCCGCCGGCGAUUUCGACUGCUCGGAGUUUCCGAUCAGACGCGGCGCUCGAAGCCAUAUCCAACGCGCUUGAAGAGAAAGUACCGAACUUGGUACUGUACAAUUACCCUUCCUUCUCCGGCGCUUUCUCAGCUCUCUUCGCUCAUCUCUACCACUCUCGUCUCCGUACACCCUCUCUCAUCUUGCCCUUCUCUUCCGUCGUGCCCUUUAGCGUUGAAGAUCUCUGCUUGGAGGGGUUCGAGAGGUGUUACCUCCUCGAUUUCGUUGCUCCUAAAGACUUUACUACCACAGAUUGCGAGAUCAUAUGUUUUGAUCAUCGAAAGUCGGCAGCUUCAAAGCUUGGCUCCGUUGAGAAGAGGUUUAAGGUUAAUGUUGAUGUUGACAAGAGUAGCUCGAAGGCUGUGUAUGAAUAUUUCUCAAGUAAACUCGCAUCUUCCGAGGGGGAAUCUCUCAGUUUGUUAGAUGAUGAAGACAGAACUAGAGUUGAAUCAGUUCUUGAUUACAUUGAAGAUAUCGAUCUUAGACGAUGGAGAUUACCAGACAUCAAGGCUUUCAGUUUCGGACUAAUGGAAUGGCGGUCCAAGGUUAACUGCAUCACGAAUCCGUACAUGUAUGAACAGCUGUUGAGGAUGAGCUCAGAGGACCUCAUUGCUAGUGGGAACUCAAAUUUUUCGUCUCGGCUUGUUGAUGCAAAGAGAGUGAUGAAGAAGAAUAAAGCUUUCAAGAUCAGAUUGGGAAGAGGGUUUUAUGGAGAAUGCCUGGGAAUGCGUGCAGAUGGUAACCAUGAACUAAGCGAUGAGCUAGGCAAGCUACUUAGUCUACAAAGUGCUGCAGCUGGUUUGAGGCCAAUAGGAGCUGUUACAUUCAUGCAACGGAAUAAUCUCAAAAUGUGCUUGAGAAGUACUGACGAUACAACUGAUACAUCUGAAGUUGCUAAGGCUUAUGGUGGAGGUGGAACUUGUUGUUCAAGCUCGUUCAUCAUAAGAAUGGAUGAAUAUAAUGAAUGGACUGCCAAGAAUCCAAGGUGAGAGAACACAUUCUCCUAGGCGAGACCAAUCUCAGAGCUUAUGUCUCUGACAUUUUAGCGCAAAGGCUGAUCAAGUUAUGAAAAGUUGAAGAAGGAGAAGAACAUUUAUAGAAUUUUGAAAUUCCACAGUUAUUGACUUAUAGAUUUUUAAAAUCUUAAAUCUACUGUUAUAAUUCAAAUAUUUUGUUAUUCAAAAAAUUUAGUUGCUAUUGAUUUUGUAAUUCUGAUAGAAUUUCUUGUUACUUUGAUGUAAAUUUUCUAUACUUUUAUUAAUAAGAUUAGAUUUGGAAACUA